UAGAAAAACGCAGAUAAAUUGAUAAAACAUGCCUUCAACAUUUUUAAUCAAACACAAAUCUGGCGGAAAGUUUAUACAUCCAAAAGGUGGACAUCGUAACCCGGCUAAUGACACAAAAUUGAUUCUCCAUCAAGAUAUACAUGACAGGAUGUAUUUUCAGCUUGAUGUUCAGGAAAGUCACUGGGGUUACAUUCGACAUGUUAGCAGCGGAAAAAUUGUUCAUCCUGAUGGAGGCCAUUUGUUUCCAGGUAAUGGUACCAACCUUGUUCUUCACUCAGAUUAUCAUGCAGGCGCACUUUUUGCACUUGAUAACGUUGAUGAUUAUAUAAUUCAUAAAGGGGGUAGAUUUGUUCAUCCAGACGGUGGAAGUCCAAAUCCCUGUAACGACACAUACGUGGUCCUGCAUGAAGACAAACACGAUGCUAUAAAGUUCCAAUUUGUUUCACCAGACGACAUCAAUAAAGAAGUCUUGAUCUAUGGAAAAACAUCGGUUAAUGGUCACUGGAGAAUAAUUAAUACAAUCAUAAAUCCAAUGGCAGAACAUACAUAUACCAUAUCGUUCACCGUGGGAAAGUCCAAGACGGAAAGCAGGAGUUCAACUUUUGCCUUUAAAUGGGAGAUUUCCUGUGGGUUUUCAGCUAAUACUGCAUUUGGAUCUGCCUCAGCGUCAAUGUCAGCUUCCACAGAAUAUAUGAUAAAGAAGGCACCAUCAAAUACUUGGUCGGAGCAAAAAACCGUAACCAAUCAAAUCAAAGUUUUUCCAGGAAAGUCUGUAGUAACAUGGCAGUAUGUUUUUGAUGUUGCCCAGUGUGAUCAUAAAGCUAUCUUCCAUAGCAACAUUCUGGCUGACACUGAUUCUGUAUGGAAUGAACCGGAAGACUUGGCUGGUGUUGCAUAUGAUUAAAACAAGCGGAUUAAAAUAAUUGUGCAUAUAUAUAAAAUCAUUGAAACAUUUUAAAAUUAAUUACUUAUUUAUUAUCUAACAUGAUUAUGACAAAACAAUAAUUCAGCUAGAACAAAACCUUAUAUAUGUAUCACACGUGAUGUGAUUACAAUUAACAUUUGUAUAAGUAAUAGUUGUAAUUAUGAGUAAUGGUUGUAAUAACAGUGUAGAGUUUAACUUGUACUAGUUUAUUUUCAUUUAUAGGCAGAAAUUAGCAUUUCAGAGUGUUUAUUAGAAGAUGUGUGCAAAAAAUCCUAUAACAUAUGAAGGGUAAAGAAAAGUUUUGUUUUAUUUCGCUGUCACUUUCAAAUCGUAAUUUCUCUUUUUAAUUCUAGCGUAGAUAUAAGAAAAAACGGAACAUCCAAAUUCAAUUUGCUUAACGACAAAAUUAGGUGUAAGCAGUGACAUGUAAAUCAUAGAAUAUAUAUUUUGUUUCUUUGAUUAGAAAAUGUGAUCCCUUACAACUGAUAUCAAAUUUUUCACGAUCAAGUCAUUUAAGUUGAAAUAACUUUUUAUGGAACGUUUGUUAAAAUUCCUUUGCACAUCUUUCUGGAUUUUCGUAACAUAAUUAGAUAGGGAAAAUAUGACUUCACACUUGUUACAUUCCUAACAUAAAUCAUGAUUUUUGAGGGAAAAUAUACGAAAUGAGCUUAAUUCAUAAUUAAAUGACAGAUAAACUGUCCAAUUACUACUGACUUAUUCAGUUUCGACUGCUUGAUUAAUCUUUUCAAAGCUAUAUGAAAUACAGGUUAAAAUUGAGUAAAAUGCAGCUAGUAAAAAUGAAACCAGUAGCACGAAGAAUGCUCUUUAUAUUCUGUUUUGACAUCUUAGAUGUAGCGGUUAGAGUUGAUGAAUAUAUUGGGUUCAAUGUACACGAUUUGUCCCUUAUAUUUGAGCAACAGGUUAGACACUCUUUUUACGUUGGCCGAAAUCUGGCGUCAUUGUAAAAACAAAACCUAAUGAAAUACAUGUCAAUAGUUCACUACUCAACAAUAAUUCAGUUCCGGAUAAUUGUUCAUUUUUGUUUUUCAUAAAAUGUCUUAUUGAAUCUGUGCUUAUAAACGCUAUACUUAGGAAAUGUUAUCGAUUUAUUUAUGGUUUUUUUUGCUUAGAUAGAGACUAGUAAAGUACCAUUUAAUAAUAUUUGUUGAUAAACGAAAAAAAAAAAAAACAAACACCAGUGUUAUUAAAUUUUUGAAAAAUGUAACUGUUACUGUUAUUUAGGAAUGAAAAGCAUAUCAUUAUAACCUUGCAAUUUAAUAACACUUAUUGUCAGAUAUUUAAAUCAACUCAGGGUAGUAUAGUGGUGUUAUAUUGCAAAAAAUUGAGCAAUUUGUAUAUUGUCUUCGCUUUAGUUAAACAAUCGUAUACAAAAUAAAACACAAAUUAAGAUAAUAGAUGUAUUUUCCAAGCAGAAAAAAAUACGUUAAUUUUGAGUUUCUAAAAUUUCUGAAACAAAAAUGUAACCAGAUGUUUAAAACAAUAAUGAAUAAGAAAAAAAUAUAGAAGUGCAAAUGUUAUUUGUCUAGCUAGUACAUGAUUUUCCAUCAAUCUUUUUAUGAAUAAAAUUAGUCUUCG